AUGGAGGCAAUACGUGAACCAAGCGAGACACUAUCGCUCGCUGUGUCCUCUGGAUCCCGGAGCGUGCUAGAGGGGAUUCUAUCUCACCCUCUCGCAACCGCUGUCCUCUCCCUCGCCACCCUGAUGACGGCCAUCUACUACGCGGCCGUGCCAAAACCUCUCCCCGGCAUUCCCUACACGUUGCAAUCUCCCUGGAAUCCGUUUGGCGACGCCCUCCGGAGUCCGAUCUUCCAGGUUUUCCUGGGGCCCUUCCGGAAGCCGAUUGUGGUGGUGGCGGAUAUCCAGGAGUUGAUUGAUAUCUCGUCGCGGCGGACCAAGGAGUUCGACCGCGGUGGCUUUCUGACCGAGUGGGUGGGCAUCCUCUUCCCCGAGGGGACCAUCUCCAUGCCCUCCCACGACAAAUUCAAGCAGCAGCGCAAUACCUGGGCGGUCACCAUGGCCAGUCAAUUCCUGAACACGGUCUCCGCGAGUACAAUCCACCGGCACACGGGCAAUCUGGUUCGUCUGUGGGCCACCAAAGUGCGCCUGGCCAACGGACGGCCGGUGGAAGUGUCCGAUGACAUCAAGCAAGUGACCUUUGACAUGGCGGCAUACGUCGCCGAAUCCCACGACCUGCCAGACAUUGUGCAUGCUUGUCAUAUCCUGGUGGAACAUUUGAAGAACAUGCGUGGCUCAGUCUGGUUGUCUGCUACCAAGCUCUGGAUCUCAUUCCUGCCUUCCUGGAAAGAGGCGUGGCGGGUCAAAGAGUCCGCCAUGAUGCGGCUGAUUGAGAAUUCCCGCGGUAAAUUCGCAUCAUCCGGCCGCGACACCACCCAGCGGGAAGUCCGCUGCGCGAUGGACGAGAUCUUCCAGCGGGAGGCGCGAGCAGAAGCCAAGGGCUGGCAGACGAGUCAUCGCGAGAUGAUAGACGAGACAUUUGCUUAUAUUGUAGGAGGACACGAAACUACGCAGGAUACCACGAAGUGGAGUUUGAAGUAUCUCACGGCGUAUCAAGACCAGCAGAACAAGCUCCGGGAGGCUCUGCUGGAGCUGUUCCCAGGGGCCAAUGCAAAUAAUUUGCCCUCGCACGAGGAGAUGGUGAAUUCGGAACACCCGUUCGUGGAGGCGAGCAUCCAAGAACUAAUCCGCAUCGCGCUCACCGCGCCGUCAUGGACUCGCCGCACCACCCGGGAAGUGACGGUCUUAGGUUAUCGAAUCCCACCGGGGAUUGACAUCUUCGGAGCCCCCAGUGUGCAAAGCUUGGAGGACAUGGAUGAUUUUGAGAUUGACCCGCAGUUGCGCUCCCCUUCUUCCAGACCGAGAACUACCGGGAAAUGGGACCGCACCACCAAAGGAGUGUAUCAGCCCGAACGGUGGAUCGAUGCCCAGGGGAACUACGACGCCUAUGCGGGACCCAUGUUGCCCUUUGGUGCCGGGCCUCGCGGCUGCUUUGCUCGCUUGGAACUGCGCAUGAUGAUUAUUAUGCUCGUUCUCAGUUUCGAGUUCAAGCCGAUUCCGGAUCGGUAUGCCAGUUUCAGAGCAGAAGAAGUUAUCAAUCGUGGACCGGCCAUCACCUAUAUCCGCCCUGUGCUUCGGAUCUAA